ACUCUGUUCCAGUUAACGCAGCUGUCUCACAGAGGGAGUAGAUCAAUCCCUGCUUUUAUUUUUCUUCGCAGGCGAGCGCAGUUGAGCACAAAAACAAACUUGAACCGGGCGAGCGGUGAGUCAACAUUUGCAUUCACAUGCUUGCAUGGAGCGGAGAAACUGAGAGAGAGCUGCUCCAAAGAGAUCCCUAUCUUUCACAUUCCCCUUUGUUUAAAAAGGGACGGGCUCUGCUGCUGCUGCUGCUGCUGCUGCCGCAAAGAAGAAGAAGAAGAAGAAAAACAACCAUUUGGAAAUUAAGUUGUGCGUCAGUGAGUGCGCACUUUACGCACUGGGAGGGCGCACCAUGAAACUUUGAGAUGAUUUACCUAGUCUUGCCUGCGCUCUCUUUGUUAGGGAAUACCUGUGUUGUUGUUGUUGUUGUUGUCGUCGUCGUGGUGGACUCUUCAGGACUCGUCGCGGACAUGGUUCGAGGCUAAAAGAAACUUAAAAGCGCAAAAGAAAACCAGGAGGAGGGAGAAGAACCGGAGACGGCAUGGGGGCCAAACCGAGCAGCCCAGUGUUUGAUGGCAGAACUCGUGCUUAUUCCAGCUCCGACUUGCCAUCUGGAAACUCUAGCGGCGGGGAGAGGAUUGCGGGGUUCAGGUACACAAAUGGACCAGAUGGACCCAGUAUCCGUUACACUAGUGGAGGGCCGACCAGUAUACCGGCCGGCGGCAGGUCAGGGUCACAUGUCCUGAACCAGAGCCUGGAUGGCACGGACGGGGACAUCGAAGGACAGCUGUCUCCAGAGGGCCACAGACUGCUCAUUGGGUCGUUGCCAACCCACCUGUCCCCUAGCCUGCUGGGAGGUUUCCACUGUCCCCUCUGCUCCAAGUUCAUGGCAUCUGAUGAAAUUGAGAAGCAUCUGCUCAUGUGUUUCAGCAAAACACGCCUCACCUACAACAAGGACAUCCUGUCCAGAGACUCUGGGGAAUGUGCUAUAUGUUUAGAUGAGCUGGAGCAGGGAGACACCAUUGCCAGGCUGCCCUGCCUCUGUAUUUAUCAUAAGGGGGGCAUAGACGAGUGGUUUGAGAUGACCCGCUCUUGGCCAGAGCAUCCCGCAGAAUAGAAGCUCAGAGAGUAACAUUUCAAUAUAGGUGUGGUCGGUCCUGCCCCCUUAACCUCACCCAAUCCUGUUUGUGUGAAAUGAGCGUCCAUGCUCUUCAGGAACUUUAGGACAUUCUUAAGUGCAAGAUUUUUUUUUCUUACAUCCUUGUGGAUGUAAUGGAUAUGUUUGUUUGUUUUUUUUUCUCAGAACCACUGGUUGAGACACUGUCUCCAAAUUUAUGUGAAUGUUUCUUAUACCACCUGCUGAAUUCAAGAGGGUUUGUGCAACAGGAGGACUGAUCGGAGCCAAACAGACUGUGGUUUUGUAGCAGAGGACCUUUAUGUUCCACAUGGUGGAGGAAUCUCUGCUCAGGAGGUUUUUUUGGGUUGUUGCCUGUUUCAAAGGCUGGAUCGAGUGGCUAAAGGCUGAUGUUUUUCAAUGUGAAAAAACAGCCAUUGUCAAUGAGAGAAGCCCUUAUCUGUUUCAAGGGACGAUCAUAGUGUAGCUAGGAAGUAAAUCUUUAUGUUGUUUGAAAAUUGGUUAUCUCUACUGUUUGUUAAACAAUCAUGUGAGCUGAAGACCAAACAGUCUAACAUGAAACUGUCAGUCUUGGUUAAUCAUUUGGCUUAUCAAAACCAUACUUCUGUGAUUGUGUAGUUUAGUGGUUAAAAAAAUAUGAAUAAGUGAAGACAUACAUAAUUGUGAUGAUUCACGCUCUAUCAGAGUGCCAUAAUACGCUGCUAUGCCAUAGACAGGGAAGUUUUCCUAUAACCUUUGAACCUUUGUAUUUGUACUGUAAAGGAUUGCACAAUAAUAAAUGUUUUGUCUUUGUGUCUC